AUGAAGGGUUCGGUUCUGUCUACAGUCCUCGCUCUGGCGCCCGCCGCGCUCGCGGCCUGGCCAGAGGCUGAAGGCAAGACCAUCAAGUACACGUCGGUUCCUGGAUAUUUCCUCCAGGACGACAACAGCACCAACCCGACGGGCUUCGACUAUGCCUCGGUCAACUUUGGGCUGCUCAACAGGACCUACCCGACCGACGUGCACUUCGACCGUAACGGCACCAAGACCCAGUGGCAGCGCUUCGAGCACUGGGUUCAGUACCUGACCUCGGGCUGCCGCAAGACCGACACCGUCUCGUACAAGGUGCUCUUCAUGGGACGCCACGGCGAGGGCUGGCACAACGCUGCCGAGACCUUCUACGGCACCCCCGCAUGGAACUGCUACUGGGCCGAGCAGGACGGCAACGGCACCGCCGUCUGGGCCGACCCUCUCUUGACCCCGGCCGGCGAGGCAGAGGCGUACAAGGCGAACGCCUACUUCAAGGACCGAUAUGAGACGCAGAAGAUGCCCUACUUCGAGUCCUACUACUCGAGCCCUCUGACCCGCUGCACGGUCACCGCCAACAUCACCUUUGGCGACAUCCCUCUGCCCGAGGACAGGCCCUUCACGCCGACCAUCAAGGAGGGCUUCCGCGAGGGCAUGACGGUGCACCGAUGCAACUGGCGCUCCAACAAGACGUACAUCGAGGACAUGUUCCCCACGUUCGAGUUCGAGGCGGGCUUCACCGAGUACGACGAGCUGUGGCGCCGCAACGAGAGCGAGACGACCGAGGCGCAGAACGCGCGCUCCAAGGCCGUCCUCGACGACGUCUUCCGCACCGACGACAAGACCUGGCUCAGCAUCACCAGCCACUCGGGCGAGAUCACCAGCCUGCUCAGGGCCCUCAACCACCGCGCCUUCCGUCUGUCGACGGGCCAGGUCAUCCCCGUCUUUGUCAAGGCCGAGGUCAUCGAGCCGCAGCCGGAGCCGACUUUUGCCGCCCACGAGCCGUACCCGACUUGCACGAGCCCGCCGGUGACUAGCAACGCCGCCGAUGGGUGCGUGUGUUCGACGGCUACGACGGCGCUCCUCCCGGCCGCCACGCUCAUGGCCAUGUAG